AUGCCGCACAUGCACUUUCCCAGCUGCAUCGCCGACCAACUUCGUGCGCGCGUAUGCCACACGAUCACCCUCUGGCCCGCGCCCUCCCGCACUGGCGUCGUAUCUCCCUCCGCGUUUGGUGGAAAUGCCAUAUCCCUUCUCGCUUGCAAGCCCUCCCACUCCCAAAUUCUCAUAUCCUCUUCCGUCGCCUUGUUCUUCCCCUUUGGUGGCCGAGCCUUUAUGGGCCCUGGAUGUAACCCGCUCUUCUGCAACCUCUCGACCAGGAACAUCUCUGGCAACAUUAGAGCUGCCGCAUCGCCUGACAGCGGGUCUAAGGGUGGUGGCCGCCUCGACUUCUCUCUCGGUGGCGGUAACGGCGGCCGCGGCGACAACGGUGUGGACAUGCAGAGGCCCAUGGGCAACAAGGCUGGUAUGGGCGAGAUGGUGGUCUUUGUCGUACAUGCACAGGACUAUCAACAGCGGUACUUGGGAUCGCGGACGAGAACAAGAUCCACGGGACUACGCGGUCCUGUUCCCAUCUCUGUGCUUCUUUUGUUCAGCCGCGCCUUCCUUUCAUCUCAGGGCUGUGCUAGAUUUGGGUGA